CCUUUAGUUUCCAUUGCUAAAAACUCAGAAUGCAAUCCAAGAUUUACAUCAAUGAGAGCAACACUAAGUGUCAGAUGCACAUCACCACUGGACUCUAGAGUUGUGGAGACGAGAUCUUUCUUAUCUGGAUAUAUGUCUGCACUUUGACUGGACCAUUCUAAGAUCUAAAUUAUUUGUAACAGUUGAUGUAUGGUUAGGGUUGUUAUCCUGUCAAACCUCUGUAAAUGUUUUCUUCCAGGGCUGCCCUUUAUUUAGCUCCAUCCAUCUUCUCAUCAACUGACCAGCUUCCCCGUCCCUGCUAAAGAAAAGCAUCACCACAGCAUGAUAUUGCCACCACUAUCUUUUUACAGUGGAAAUGGUUUGUAAAGGGUAAUGUGCUGUAUUAGUUUUCAGCCACAUAUAGCAUUUAGCAUGCAGGACAAAAAGUUGAAUCUUGGUCUCAUGUGCCCAGAGCACUGUCUUCCACCUGUUUGUUGUGCCCACUACAUGGCUUGUGGUAAGCUGCAAACAAUAAUUAUUUUGGCUUUCUUUCAAUAACGGCUUUCUUCUGGGCACUCAUCCAUAAAAGCCAGAUUUGUGGACCCCUGCAGCUCUUCCAGAAUUACAAUGAGUCUCUUGGCUGCUUCUUUGAUUAAUGUUACCUGUUCUCUCAGUUUAGGUGGAUGUCCAUGUCUUGGUAGGUUUGCUUCACUCUUUUCAUGUUCAGAUGAUAGACUGAACAGAGCUCAGUGAGAUGUCUGGGCUGUUUUAGAACCUCACCCUGCUUUAACCUUCUCCACAAUGUUCUCCGGGACCUGGCUGAUGUGUUCCUUGAUCAUCAUGAUGCGGCAAUGCAGCUGUGGUGAAACCGUCAGAGCUAAGCGAGUGCUCGUCCCUCCUGCUCCGCGCGCUGCUGCCUUGCUAUCUGGACAAGGAUCUGUACCCAGUGGUGAUGGGUGGAGUGUCAGAGACCCAGCAGCUGCUAAGGCUCAGGUUUGACCACAUCUUCUACACAGGUGGCAGCACAGUAGGGAAACAGGUGAUGGAAGCUGCAGCUCGCCACCUCACCCCUGUGACUCUGGAGCUAGGAGGGAAGAGCCCCUGCUACAUCGACAAGAACUGUGAUGUCAGGAUGGCCUGCCGUCGGAUCACAUGGGGGAAGUUUGUGAACUGUGGCCAGACGUGUAUCGCUCCAGACUAUAUUCUGUGCGAGCCCUGCAUCCAGGGGCGGGUGGUUGAAUGCAUUCGACAGACUCUGCUGGAAUUUUAUGGUGCAGAUCCCAAAUGCUCGCCUGACUACGGCCGAAUCAUCAACCAGCAUCACUUCAACCGAAUCGUGAGUCUGAUGGACGGAUACACUCCUGUUGUGGGGGGGCAGAGUGAUUCCUCACAGUGUUACAUUGCCCCGACAGUGCUAAAGGAUGUGCCCCCCCACUCCAGGCUGAUGCAGGAGGAGAUCUUUGGCCCUGUCCUGCCAAUAGUCACAGUGAGUGACAUGGAUGAUGUCAUUAACUUUAUCAAUGAGAGGGAGAAACCUUUGGCUCUCUAUAUUUUCUGUUCAGACAAGAAGGCAAUAAAACGGAUGAUUGAGGAGACCACCAGUGGAGGAGUAACAGUUAAUGAUGUCAUGAUGCACUACACUCUCAGCUCGCUCCCAUUUGGUGGCGUUGGUCAGAGUGGCAUGGGUUGUUACCAUGGCAAACACACCUUCGACCAGCUGAGUCACCACAGAGCGUGCCUGAUUCGCUCACUGAACAUGGAGAGUGUAAAUCGGGCACGCUAUCCACCUCAGGACCGCCGGCGGGCACAGAGGGCCCGCAUGGCCCUCAAAUCUCCUCUGAUCGAUACGUCGAAGAGGACACUCGUCUGGGCUGUUAUUGCCACCAUCCUCGGCAUCGGCCUGUUCAUCACUCUGAUGGUCAUCCUGCUCAUAGCUGCCGGCCUUAACUGCACCUGCUGGUACUGGAGAGGAUUUUACAACUAGAGGAGCCACAGUACAGCUUCCCUUUGACAAACUCUUUCUAAAAAAUGCUGCAAUGAUUCUACACACUGAAAUUUCUUUGAAGUUGAGAUGUUUUAGAGAUUAAAAAGUCCAUAAUCUUUUGAUCUAACUCUUUAUUUCUGUUUGACAAUUUUGCAUCAGGGUGUUUUUGCUCAGCAAUCAGCCAAGCAUGUAAAACAUUUCCCACUCAGUACUGUUCUGGAUGGCUCUUUAUUUAGGGAAAAUAUUUACUUAAACAAAAUUCAUUGUGUUUUUUGUUUCAAAAUAAAAUAUUUAAUCAGACAGUGUAUCAUUUUAUUAUAAUUCAACUGACAUGACCCUCUAUUGGCAAUGUUUAAAGUCAUUUAAUAUAAAACUAAUAUUUCGUAUACAGAGAAAGUAUUCAUAUUGCUUCAACCUUUCCAUGUUUGUGUCUCAUUCAAAUCACAAACUUCUGUGUGUUUUAUUUGGGGAUUUCUGUAAAAGACCAACACAAAGCGGUACAUAAUUGUGAAGUGGACACUGUUAAAAUAUCUGAAAAGUGUGUGCAUUUGUCUUCAGCAUCCUUUCAUCUAAUAACCUCUAAAUAAAAUCCAGUGCAACUAACAUAAUAAUAAUAAUUCAUGAACCCAUCCCUGUAAGGGAGCCCACUACUUACCCUCAUAAGUCACAUAAAGUUAAACUUUAUAUGUAGAGCAAUAUUUAGACGUGUGAGUGCUCAAGGGUUCAACAGUCAGACAGAUAUAAAAGACACUAGAAAUUAAAUUUAUCAAAGUAAAAACAACAGACCCCAUCUAUGUGUAAUGUAAUCCCAGUGUCCAUCCAGCAGUUCUUUGAUGGUUUUAAACAUUGGUGAACAAACAGCAUUACAAAGACCAAGGAACACAGCAGGGACAACGUUGUGAGGUUUGAAGCAUAGUUAGGUUGGAAAUGGCUGUCCACUAAACGGACGGGCCUUGAUGGGAGGACGGAUGGACCUAAACACGGAGGAGUACUGAAACAAAACCUGCAGAGCUCAAGAACUGGAACAGUGGCUCUACAAAGUAUUGACUCAGAGGGCUGAAUACAGAUGCACGUUUCACUUUCCAGGUUGGUUUUUUGAAAUAAAGUUUAAAACAUUUUUCUCCCAUUUCAUGAUUAUGUACUCCUUCGUGUUGGUCUAUCAGAAAACAAAACCCAAUAACAUUGAUGUUUGUUUCUGUGACAUUACAAGAGGUUGAAAGGUUAAAGUGGUAUGAAUACCUUUACAACAAACUGUAGCCACAAUCCAGUGUUGUCAUCAGUUUUGAUAGAAACUAGGUUCUUCUCUGACCCAGAAAAUGUAAAUGUAACCUCCAUAUCAAGCUCUUGGCUGUACAAUCUCUUCUAUAACUAAACCAUUUAUCACUGUC